AGGACUGGAGUGAUACAUACGCUACACAAUGCCAGUGUAUCACUCCACCUUGUACGUCCCAUGACGGUCAUGUGCAUCGACUAAGGCGACUUAGGCAGAGAGCUUCAGCCUAGAUAUCACCUAGUGAAGAGAACGGUAGCAUAGCGACGCCUCUAGCCGAGAGAAUAAGCAUGUCGGUCGCAUGGUUGCAGCGUCCCUUCAUGGCCUAAGGCACCACCGGCCACUUCAAUUUGCUGCUUGGACAACCUUGCGCUGUCUGAACGCUGGAAGAUCUGCUGUACAGCUCUGUGUGGUUUUCUACUGCGCUGGACUUCUGGUCCGAACAUUGCAGCUGAAACGGCGACGUUGUGCACCCCGAAGUGAUGGAACCGCCGCUCCACCCAUGAGCUCAACGCUGACAAGGUGCCAGUUACCAAAAGGCUGGAGGCCGCAGAGCGAAUCUCGGGCUCUAUGAAUUAUCGAGCGCCGCUAUUGCGGCUGCUGCUGCUGGUGACGCUCCUCGCGCGCUUGUUGUUAGCGAAGAACUUUGCCGAGAUGAAGAUCUCGGAGCGCAUGAAGCAGCUCAUCGACACGGGCAUUGAGGCACCAAAGCUGAAACUCAACACGGCACUACCCCUUGAGGUGCAGUAUCUGCUGAACGAGAACGACUUGGAAUGGCAAGACUUGGGCGGAACAAUGCAGCGUUUAGUGCUCUGGGAUCAGGGCUAUGUCGUCACGAGCAGCAAUAAAACACGGGAGAUCAUGGUGCGCUGCGAUCUCGGAAUGGAUGGCGUCGUGGUAUCACGUGAAGAGUUCCAGAAUCUGCAAAAUUGCCCGUCGACUUUGUGUACUGAUGCCAUGAGCUCCGAGACUGCGUUGCGUGGAACAGUGUGUGCUGACAGUGAGAUCGAAAAGGUCGCCAAAUGCGCUGUGUUAGUGUCGGAAAGCGAAGCGAAUGCGGCGUCAGUGGACGUGGAAACGAGUUUGAUUUGGGCUGAAGAAGUAACCAACGCGGACGUCCCGAUGCCGACUGCAUAUCGCCAUUCUUUAAAGACUUUCGCCAUUACGAUGCAAUAUCCUAGUACCGGUGGAAGCUGCCCACGCCAGCUUGCACGGGUUAUCCCGUGUGCGACAAUACAGUACAUGGAGAAUAGCACUGAAUGGUGCACACCUAGCAAGUCCGGAGUGGUGCCUGGUCUACUUCAGGAUCUUGUAGACCGUCGGCAAUCGCAGUCGAGUGACAGGGGGUCUUCUGGAAUGAUCAUCGCGAUCUGGGUGGUAGCAGGUAUACUCACUAUGCUGCUUUGCAUCAUUGGAUUCAUGUUUGUUCGCCACAUACUUCGAAGGCGAGAGCAGUCGAGCGGUAACCAAGAACUCAUAGAGAAGUCGACUUUGGAUCAUUACGCGCUCACCCCCGGAGGCGGCUUCUUCGUGGGCCCCCAUGACAGCAACGAUGCAACAGACUCGAUCGCAUCUGAAUUGUCCGAUUUUGAGACGGAUCUGGAAGUGGAUAUCUGCAAACGAUUCUCGAAUAUGUCGGGAAGAUCAGAGGUGGAUUAUUCUGACGCACUAAGUGCGUCGAAGGUGUUGUUGUUGUUCCAGAAUGACCCUUUCGUCCAUGCAUUACGCGUUCCUAUCAUCGAUGUGAAUGGUGACAAGAUGAUCUCACGUGGCAGGGAUGGAUCUCCAAAUGAAGUUCUCGUUGGAACUCUAGGACCUCGCGAAGUCAUUCUCAAGCGCUUGCGAGCUUCUAAACGUAACGAUACGCUUGCAGUUGAACGUUUGGCGCGUGAAAUUCGCAUGGCGGCAAUGUUACAACACCCAAAUAUUGUGAACAUCUUGGGCAUUGCUUGGAACUCGUUCCAGAAUCUCACGGCAAUUUGGGAGUAUCACCGCAGCGGCGACUUGCAGCGUGCACUACGUAGUGGGAGGAAGGCUCAGCACUGGACAUGGACUCGGCAAAAACUACAGGUUGCUAUGGGUGUGUUGCGUGGCUUGUCGUUCCUCCACUCUCACUCACCUCCAAUAAUUCAUGGAGCUAUCGAACCUCGUCACAUUUUGUUGAACUCCGCAACAGGAGAGCCGGCACUCUGUGGACUUGGCCAUUGCGCUGGCCGAGUCCCGACUGCGAUCAAGUCUAGGAAAGCUGGUGAUGAUAGCAUUUGGAGCAGUCCGGAAGUGCAAGCAGAGCGCAUUUUCUCGGAGAAGUCGGAUAUUUAUUCGUUCGGUGUGGUGCUGGUGUCACUUGAUACUGGGAAGCUGCUGGUCGAUGUCCCCAGAGACGAUCUUCUCGACGUGUUGACACCUGUGUGUCCGGAAUUUAUCCGCAAAAUUGCACACAAGUGCCUUCAGGGUGACCCGGCUGCACGUCCUACAUCUCGAGAGCUCCUGCAACAUCUAGAGGACAUUUCUGGAACGAGCAGUCCUUGGCCUUCGAGCGAAUACCCCAAGUAUGCGAAAAGCAGGCUUGAUUAUGACGAACAAGAUGCCCCACCACAGAUAUAUCUUUAAAGUUGACGUAUCUGCCAAAGCUCCAGAUUUUUAACAUUUUCCAAACCGUUAUCGAGUUCAUCAUGCUGACAAGAAAGUGAAUGCACUUGAAGUAUCUUUCAACAAUUAUUAAUCAACACACCGGUGUAUGUCUCGGACGAUAUACAACGGUAGUACACGUGGUGUUACAACUUGUAAGCCUACAAGUAAGCCUGCAAGUAUUAAUGCAAUCAAACUAACUGAGAUAAUGCGUAAAGAAAAAUUCCCUGCAAAAUAUUGUAUGGUUGGUCUCAAC